AUGGACACCACCAAACCACUUGACGUUUCCACCCAAUUCUCCGCCAAAGACGAAGUCAUUGUCGUGACCGGUGGAGGCACAGGAAUCGGUCUAGCAAUCGCAUCCGCCCUAGCACACAGUGGUGCAAAGCGUGUCUACAUCCUUGGCCGCCGUCUUGAUCUUCUGCAGGACGCUGCUUGCCAAUACCACAACGUCACGCCACUGCAAUGCGAUGUCACAUCCAUAGACAGUAUUCGUACCGCCGUUGAAGUCGUCAGGAAGGAGUCCGACCAUGUCGAUGUACUCAUCAACAACGCCGGCAUCAUUGGGCCUAAUCACCUCGACGUCCACAAAGCCGAGACCAUCGAGGACCUCUCUGGCAUCCUCCUCAGGGAUUGGGAUAAAUGGGAGCCGACAUUCGCCACAAACACAACCGCGAUCGUGGGUGUGUCUGCGGCUUUUUUGCCAUUGCUAGACGCAGCAAAUCGAAGGAAGGGCUGGGAGAGUGGGAGGAAGGUUGCUCAGCGGGCGCGGUCACGAGAGAUCAAUGGGCUUGCGGAGGGUGUUGAUGGGUCCGAUCCGAGGACGGCACAGAUUAUCAGCGUAACAUCGAUCGUAUCGUUCAACCGAAAUAUCACUGAUGGACUAGCGUACUCUAGUUCGAAGGCGGGUGCGACACAUGUUGCUAAAAUGCUUACUACCUUACUCGCGCCUUGGGGAAUCAGGAGUAAUGUUAUUGCGCCAGGGUUCUUUCCUAGUGAGAUGACGGCAUCCAUAACUGAUAAAUCGUUCCCACCGGAGAUGAUCCCAGCGGGUAGGCAAGGGUCCUAUGAGGACAUAGCUUCACUGGCGUUGUUCUUGGUUGGUAGAAGUGGUGCGUAUCAGAACGGUGUUGUUCAGAUGCCUGAUGGUGGUCGCAUCUCCGUCCAGCCAGCGACCUACUAA